CAUCCUCCCAUCCUCCCUUCCGCCAACAAACAAACGCAGCUCGUGGCAAUACAGCCGGCAAUAAACCAACAGCCCAUCCAUCCUCUGCCCGAACCUUCUCUUGCGUUUUAUCCGCAGCGAAAGGCCACUCAGCGCACCUCCCCUCUUCUCGCACUAGCAAAGACUUGCAAAGUCAGACAUCUGCGACAACCGACCUCCUCCCUACAGAUCCAACACAGAGACCUUUCGCCUUCCUCUGCGCAAAGCAUCCAAACACCGAUCAAACAGGCAGUCCCAGCCUAAACCACCCGUCAAACCAAACGAACCCUACGCAGGCCCUGUUUACAUAAAUUAAAUUCAAGAUGGGUUGCGGCAUGUCUUCAGAAGCGCCCAACCAGGACAAGCAGAGGAACGAUGAGAUAGAUACACAGCUAAAGAAGGACCGUAUGCUCAUGCGGAACGAAAUCAAGAUGCUUCUACUUGGCGCCGGAGAGUCUGGAAAAUCAACCAUUCUCAAGCAGAUGAAGCUCAUCAACGAAGGCGGCUACAGCGCCGACGAGCGCGAGUCCUUCAAGGAAAUCAUCUUCUCCAAUACCGUGCAAUCAAUGCGCGUCAUCCUCGAAGCCAUGGAGAGUAUGGAGUUGGCCCUCGCUGACCCGCGGAAUGAGUACCACGUCCAAACAGUCUUCAUGCAACCCAACCAGAUUGAAGGCGAUCAUCUCGCACCCGAAGUUGGCACCGCCGUCAAAUCACUCUGGCUCGAUGCCGGCAUCCAAAUGUGUUUCCAGCGAUCGCGCGAGUUCCAACUCAAUGAUUCGGCACAAUAUUACUUCAACUCAAUUGAUCGGAUUGCGGCUGCCGACUACCUGCCCACCGACCAGGAUGUCCUCCGGUCCCGUGUCAAGACAACCGGUAUCACAGAGACCACCUUCAUCAUUGGCGAGUUGACGUACCGUAUGUUUGACGUGGGCGGCCAGCGAUCAGAGCGUAAGAAGUGGAUCCACUGCUUUGAGAAUGUCACCACCAUCUUGUUCCUAGUGGCCAUUUCAGAGUACGACCAGCUGCUUAUGGAAGAUGAAACAGUCAACCGUAUGCAGGAAGCGCUCACCUUGUUUGACUCCAUCUGCAAUUCCCGGUGGUUCGUCAAGACCAGCAUCAUUCUCUUCCUCAAUAAGAUUGAUCGCUUCAAGGAAAAGUUGCUCAUAUCGCCAAUGAAGAACUACUUCCCAGACUACGAUGGUGGCGAAGACUACAACUCCGCAUGCGAUUACAUCCUCAACCGAUUCGUCUCACUCAACCAAAGCGACGUCAAGCAAGUCUAUACCCACUUCACCUGUGCUACAGAUACACAGCAAAUCAAGUUCGUCAUGGCGGCCGUCAACGACAUCAUCGUGCAAACCAACUUGCGCGAAGUUGGUCUGCUUUAAGGAAGUGGUGAUUUGGUUGUCUCUUGUUUUUUGUGUCCUUUUUUGGGGAGGGUCUUCUCGAGGUGAUGCAGGAUCUUGGGGAGCUUUCAAGUGGGAUUCGAGGGUGCAAUCCUGGGCUGGGUUUGUAUGGAUGAGAAGCACGCCUCGGGCGACUGAAUCUACAAAAGGGUCCCUCCAUCAAAAACCCCUCUAAUCUUGUGCGCACCUCGACCACCUCACAAAAUACACUGCGCCUACUUUAUUCUUCC